AUGAAUCAUAAUCAAAACAAAGGAGGAUCGAGUAUUCCCGGGAAUAGUGCAAAGUUCAAUUCGGCGGCACCUCCAUUCCCAUCUUCAUCUUUGAAACCAAAUACUACUACGUCUACAUCAUCAACGUCAUCAUCAUCAUCAUCAUUUAAUAGGUUCCAAUCAUUACACAACCACAUGCAACACCAACAUGUGCCACCUCAUCAUCAUCAACAGCAACCACAACAACAAUCUCUUCAUUCAAUAUCAUCGAAUAUCGAAAGAGUAAGCAACAGCUUAUCAUCAUUACCACAACAACCAAAUCAACCAAAUGGAACCUUGGAAAUAUCAUUCCAACAUUUUUCAGAGUUAUUAAUAUUAUUACAAAAUACCCAAUUACAAAUCAAAAAGUUGGUACAAUAUCAAGAACAAACAUAUCAAUGGAAUAUGAAGCAUCAUGAGAAUAUGAAAAAGGUAAUUAAAUCAUUUAAUAAUUUAAAUGCAAUUAUGAAACAAAAAUAUCAAUCACCAGAUUCAAGUAUUGAUAUUAGUAACAACAACAACAACAACAAUGCAUCUUCAACUUCAGUUAUUUCAACAACAACAAAUAAAUCUGAAAAUACAAUAGCAGGAGACAAGAAACCAUCAAAGGGAAAUAAUAUUGUGUACUAUGAAAAGAAUCAACAAUCCAAAGAUUUGGAUAUCACAUAUCAUCAAAGAAUAAUGGAUUGUUAUCGUGACAAUGAUCCAUAUUCUCAAGAUCUUCAAGCUUUGGUUGAAAAUAUUGAUUAUAAUUUAUUUAUGGAAUUAAAAGAAAAAUCAAUCAAAAUAAUAUUACCAAUUAUAUUAUUAUGGAUGAAAGAAACUAAUAAUACAAAGAUUAGUUUAUCACUUAUCAUUCUCUACAUGACAUUUGAAAAAUAUCCAGCCAUGUUUGAAAAGAAAAAGUAUAGAGAGUUGAUAUCACAGUUUGGAACAUCACUCCAACACUUGGAAGAGUCUCAUAUUAUAGAUGAUCUUUCAAACAUGGAUUUAUUCCCAUUCACCUUUACCGAAUACAAUUCACUUAAAAGCGCAUUAAAUCAAAGUCAUCAUCAACAACAAGACCAACAACAACAACAAUCAAUACUCUGA